UUUCGGCAACAUAUUUAGAAAAUGUUGAGCACAACAAAAACAAUUGAAACCCAAGCAGUCGUGCGUUGUAAUACAACAUUUCCAACUUUGUCAACAUUGCCUCGUCUUUUCUUUUCAAACAUAUUUAAUAUAUUUACACUCUUUUAUGCAUUUUCGUAUUAUUUCCUUUACACAACACUAGUUUUUCUGCACAAUAAAUACACAUAUCACCAUCAGAUGAAGGCAUACUGGAGGCACGAUCCCAUCAAAGACAAAGGCCGAGUGGGUUUCACAGACCCGUCCAUUUGGAGCACAGCCAAGGAGAUCAUGGGCAUUCACGCGAAAAUCCUGGUUCUCAUGUGCGUUGUCACAUGGGCAGCGCUAUCCCUCUAUUUUGGCGCCACGUACAAGAGAAGCGAGCCAGCAAUCAGCGACGCACUCAUGGCCAUGCCGCACACAAAGAGCUUGCCAACAUGGCGGCUGAAAACAGACAUUGCAAAUAUCGAGCAGGCUCGGGAUUACACGAUCAAGGACGCCUGGGGCGUUGUUGUCAUUAACAAGGGUUUGAGUGCCAGCCUUGCCAAUGCCCUGCAGACUGGUGCUGACUACGACGCUUCGGCAGCGAUAACAUUGCUGGUUCAGAGCGGUCACCAUCCAGUGGCCCAGCCCCUGUUAAUUCAGCCGGCUAUGUCACAAAUAAUUGACAAGGUCGCAAAGCAAGUCGCGGUCCAACAGGUGAGCAAGUAUCAGCAGGCGAGCGGCAACCGCAGCAACGCUACAAACACCCAGGCCUUGCUUAGACCGAUCGGCUGGACUACAGAAAAGCUGGCGCCGUUCGACUCCAUGUUGGCGAUAACGAUGGUUCCCAUGGGCAUGUUUGCAAUGUUUACUGGCGUUAUCGAGUUGGUGCUGACGCUUAAGUUCAACAUAUUUACUGUAUACAAGACUGUCAAGCACUCGCACAUCUACUUGAUUAUUUAUCUUGUACUCCUGUACGGCGCCCUGGCGUUCCUCGCAUACAAGGGCCCUACGUACGAUACCGUGCCACUGGGGCUGCCCAUUACCGGAGGCAGGUUUUUCAGUCUGUGGAUGUGCUACGCAAUUACGCUUAUACCUACGGGACUGUGGGCCAUGAACCUGAUAGUCUUGAUUCCGCCAGCAUUAAUUGCGUUCCCGACUGUUCUGACCGUCACGCCCAGUUGGUUUCAAGCUGUGCCGUUUUACCAGGGCGGAAUGCUAGCUAGAUAUAUUAUAAGCGGCGCACACCCGAGCCUCGGCCAAAACUUGGGAAUAUUGUUUGGUGAGACUGUGCUAAUGCUCGCGCUUUUGUUUAUAACCACUCGAUUAACCAGAAAAACUCAGCCCGUUGUUCAGUACUACCCUCCCUCAGCCGAUAAUGAAUCGUUAUUAAGUAGCCAGUCCGAACUCAUUCAGAGAGAUAAUGCAGUCGAUAAGCGGGCGUGAACAGCAUUUUCAUAUUUAAAAAUUUUAUUCAAACGUAAACAUGUGCAAUAGAAAAUCAAUUUUA